AUGCAGAGAGAUACGUUAACCAAGGCUUUGAGAUAUACCAGGGAAAGAAAUACCGUUGAACUGUUAAUCGAAAAAUAUACCACCGUUGCUCAAAUGGCAUCUAACUAUUUGUUUAAUGAAUACAGUAUCAAGUUUGCAAAAUUAGGUGGAUACAAAGAAUGGCAGAUCAAGCAAUGGCAAAUUCAACAAGAACAACUAUCAUCUUUUGAUGAUGAUUUACAGAAUGUUUAUUUGAAGUAUUUUGAUUCUGAAGAGUUUGUCCAAUUAUCUGAAUUUGAAAAGAAAGAAAUCAAACUGAAUUACCAAUCGAGAUUUGAAGAAACCAAAGAAAAAGACCCACCUGAGUUCACAGAUGAGUUUACUAUGGGUGAUUUAUAUAAAAUUUUGAAUUUGGAUUAUGACUUGGUAUUUAGUUCCUAA